ACUCGAACUCGAUCGCACAAACGUUUCAUUACUUUUUGUUGUUUCCUCUUUUUCGUGAUCUUGGAAAAUCGAUAUGCUGACCUGGUUGGCCAUGGUUUUUGGUGUCGCGCGCUUCGUCGAUUGCGUACCGAUUCACAAGCACAUGACCAGGGACGAAAUCAGCGCCACUUUUCAAAAUGGCCACGGCCCAGUCCCCGAUUACGAGGUAGUUUCGGUUUAUCACACUCCGCACAAACACGCUCCGAGAGAUAAUUCGAUAAUCGCGGUCAGGGUGAACGCUUUCGAGAGAGAAAUGAGCCUCUACUUGGAACCAAACGAUGGAGUCUUGGCCCAUUUUUCAACACCUGUGUGGACCGUCGCGAUCGAUGAAAAUAAUCCGGGAAGCGUCGAGUAUACGCGUUUACCAGACCCCUUCGCUAACAUUGGCCGCGCUUACCACGACGCGAGGAACGGCUCGGCGGUCGUGGCGUACGAAGGAAUUGACGGCGAAACGCUGAUCCUCGGUCACUUGAAUUCCGACCUAAUCAUCCGUCCACUGCCGCACCGACUCCACAAAAUCAUUUCAAAAGAAACGAAAAGUGAUGUCCAUCCCCCGAAUUCGUUCGGCGUUGAUGGACAUUUUCGCCGCACUCAUCGUCACGUCGUUUUCAAAAAAUCUGAGCAUGAUCAAGACUCAGCGAUUAAAAUAGUAAAACACGAUAAGCACGAGGCUCGAUUCGCGAAGAAACGCUCAAAACGAAGUUUACCGGAAGUGAUUUACCCGGAAAUCUUGGUAGUCGUUGAUUUCACUCUGUUCGCUGUUCUGAAUCAAAGCCUCGAAGAAACGACGCGAUACGUUCUCGCGUUAUGGAACGCGGUGGAUUUGAGGUACAGGCUGCUCGCGGAGCCGGCGAUUCGGUUGAACAUUGCGGGAAUAAUUAUUUCGCUGGAAAGCGGUGGCACGGCGUAUUUGGACGACCAUCGAAGAGGCACCACCGAAUUGGACGCGGACCUCGCGCUGACUGCAAUGAGUCAUUACUUUUACAACGAAUCGUCGAGGUUCAACUUUUCAACGUACGACAUGGCGAUAGCCUUAACACAACUGGACAUGUGCAACGUGAUUUUUAACGACGUUUGCGAUACUUCGACUCUCGGUUACGCGUACGAAUAUGGCGCCUGCAACAGAAGCCACGUGGACGCGAACACCGAAGCCGUUGGGAUAGUAGAGGACAACGGAGGCUUCAAAGGCAUCGUCGCUGCUGCUCACGAAAUCGCACAUUUAAUGGGCGUGUCGCACGAUGGAUUCGAGGAAGCUGAGAGUUGCCCAGGCUUUGGGGGAUUCAUCAUGUCGAGCUUCCUGCACGCUGGCGAAAACAGCUUCGUGUGGUCCGAAUGUAGCUUGAGAAAUCUCCACGCGUUCCUGAGCUCCGAUGAAGCAACUUGUCUCUUGAACGAACCCCCGUCCAGCCUCGCCUUGCCACGACUUUUGCCCGGCAAACUUCUCACUCUGGACCAACAAUGUGAACAAAUGAGUGGAACGAGAGCGUGUCGUCACGACGAAAGCGUUUGCACGAGGCUGGAAUGUUACAUACCAGGCCGAGGUGAAUUGUGCCACGCGAAAACUGCGGCUGCUGAAGGUUCUUACUGCGGAUUCAAUCACCACUGCAUUAACGGCCAUUGCGUGUUGGAAAACUCAACUUUUGUCCCGUAUUCGUCGAGCACGACGAUUCUGCCGCCGAGUUUUUCGAACGGGGAUUAUUUCCAAAGACCCAGACCCAACUUUCUGGACGAGUAAGAGAGAACGGAUUCGAAGAAAAUGGGCUUUCGGUGGUUGCAAGAGUUUCAAACUUUGAAGAGUGCGUAAAAACAUGUGUGGAAGAACAAAACUCAAUGAAUUUCAAUAAAUAAAUUGUGGAGUUUUA